AUGAAUGCUGAUAGUGAUAGUAGUAGCGAUUACAUUUUGUGGUUGUUGUUCCACCUUUCACCACAUAGUGUUGCCGAUACGAUAUAUAUUGCAUUAAUGAUGACAUCAAACCCUCCACCAACCAUUGAUUUUAAUCCAAAACAAUUAACUUUUAAAUAUAAUUGCUCAAAUAAAAAUAUACCAUUGACAAUAAGUAAUAAUGGAUCAGAUUUAAUAGAAUUGAUUAUUCAACCAGAAGAUGAGGAUCUAAUCACUGUACCAGAUUUUAGAUCGAUUUCACCAACUAAAUCUAUACAUUCAAAUAGUUUGAAUUCAGCAGUUCCAUCUUUAUCACCAUCCAACAACACCACUUCAACCAUUUUUGCAGAAAAACAAUCAGCCUAUCCAGCCACAGCAACUAGGAUCCCUCUCAAUCCACAAGAACAUCGUUGUAUUUAUCUUAGACUCAACCAACAACAACAACAACAAGAUGGCAAACCAACAGAAUCAACCAUCCAAGUAAUUUAUAAAACCAAAGCUGCUGGUCAAGGUGGAAGUAGGUUCUCAAAAGAAGAAGAAGGUGUAAUCUCAAUUCCAGUUAAAACUAUUUAA